AUGCCUAGAUCCCGCAAGCAAAAAAGAAUGAUGGCAGAUGAAGCGAACACGUUAAAAAAUAUUGCUCUCAUUGAAAAAACUCCUCAAUUUGUACUUCUUUUACCUCUCAUAGAAGACCCAUCCUCGGAUGUGUCUUCCGCUCUCAAUGCUCAUUCGGCCAUCACUUUGAAUACAAUUGCUAAUGCAAAGAAAGAAAUUUGGGCAAAUGACAAGACGUCCUCCGCGAAUGGAUCCGACCUGCUCAGAGAUCAUCCUUAUGACACAUGGUGUGCACUUUUUGUACUCGUCGCUCGUACAUCACCUGAUCAACAAUCUAGACUGGUCGAGUUCAUCCUUGGUCUUCAGAAGAUUGAAGUCGUAGACAGGGACACGAGUCAGUCGAAAAUUUUGAAGUAUUAUGACAUGGAAUUAUGGAGACAGUUGCCAGGCUUUGGGUGGGAGGCUCAUGAGAUUUUCAACAUUGGUUCGUUGUUUACCUUCUCAUUUCUACUCAUUUCCAUCAGAAAAUUAACUUCCCAUGAAGAUGCAUAUUCCUCCACAUUGACAGACAGGGAAAAGACUUCGUAUGAAAACAAAAACGCAUUUCUAGCGCAACUAUUAGCAACAAGCAAGGUCAGCAUUGGAGCUAAUGAAUUUGAGCCCCUUGAUUUCUCACUUUUUGCAUUAUGGGUGUUUCGCGAUGCAUUUGAGAACAAAGAGGGAAAGAGUAAGGAUUUGGCAAUUCGGGUGGCAUGCUGGUGGCUUGUAUUUGCAGCCGAGAAACUGCGGUUAAAUGUCGACAAUGAGAAAAGUAUGCCAGACAGAACUGGAGCUGGUGGGGACUUGUACGAGAAGAAGGGAUGGAUCGGCUAUAGUCGGGAGAGGUGGGAUAUCUGGAGAGAAGGCUUAAGGAAUGCCGAUGGCGAUCAAGAGACGAGAAAGGUGAUCAGUGAUGCUUUAGAGUGUAUGGAACUAGCUACAGGUUUGAAGUCUUGA